UUUCGAUCGCAAUUAUGCCUGAGCCAGCGAAACCAGCACCCAAGAAGGGGUCCAAGAAAGCGGUCACCAAGACCGCCAGCAAGCCCGGUAAGGGCAAGAGAAGGCGGGGGAGGAAGGAGAGCUACGCCAUCUACGUGUACAAGGUCCUCAAGCAGGUCCACCCCGACACCGGCAUCUCGUCCAAGGCCAUGAGCAUCAUGAACUCGUUUGUCAACGACAUUUUCGAGCGCAUCGCCUCCGAAGCUUCUCGCCUGGCUCACUACAACAAGCGCUCCACCAUCACGUCCAGGGAGAUCCAGACCGCCGUCCGCCUCCUGCUGCCCGGCGAGCUGGCCAAGCACGCCGUGUCCGAGGGCACCAAGGCCGUCACCAAGUACACCAGCUCCAAGUGAGCCGAUUCGGUCGCGUCCAACAACAACGGCUCUUUUAAGAGCCACCCACUUUCUCUCUUGAGUGAACAUUCUCCAUUACUUGAUUCUUAUUCUGAUUCUCUAAUA